CUUGUAUACUAUAGUCAAUCAUAUCCUUCAAAAUCUGGUAGAGAUAUGGAAGUUCAUGUUGUUGCAAGAGAGGUCACGAAGCCCUCUUCACCAGCAAUUCAACAUAAAAAACCCUACAAAUUCUCUUUUUUCGACCAGCUUACUCCUACAACUUAUGCUCCUAUUGUUUACUUCUACCCCAAGAAGAAUAAUUCUGAACCCAAUCUCACCACUCAAACCCUAACCCACUUAAAGAAAUCUCUUUCUCAAACCCUUGAUCUCUACUAUCCCUUCUCUGGAAGAACAAAUGAUAACCUCUAUGUUGAUCGUUUCGAUGAAGGGGUUCCAUUCCUUGAAGCUAAAGUGAAUUGUUCCAUGUCCGAUUUCCUUAAGCGACAUGACACUGAGUCGUUGAAUCGUCUCCUUCCAUGCCAACCCUUUCGCAAGGAAGUGAACAUGAACAUACCCUUGUUAGCAUUUCAAGUGAGCAUAUUUACUUGUGGAGGAAUAGCUCUGGGCUGGUGCUUGUCACACAAGCUCAUUGAUGGAUCAACAGCUUCAGCUUUCGUUACUACUUGGGCUUCUAUAUUUCGUGGAGAUCUUCAGGAUGUUAUAAAACCAGAUCUAAACGAGGCAUCGCUGGUUUUCCCUCCAAAAAUUUCAUUUCCACAAAACCAUUUAUCUCUAAUGGAAAGCUUGUGGUUCACUGAAGCCAAUUACGUUACAAGGAGAUUUGUGUUUAAUGCCAAAGCCAUAGCCACUCUGAGGGAUAGAGCAAAAGGCAAACUUGCGGCUCCACCAAGUCGCAUUGAGACUCUGUCAUGUUUCAUUUGGAAAUGUGGCAUGACUGCAACGAAGCAAAUAUCAGGUGUCACAAAGCCAUCGAUUUUGGUUGAAGCAGUGAAUCUCCGGCAAAAGACGAAGCCACCCAUGUCCGAUGCCUCCUCUGGGAAUUUGUUCUGGUGGGCAAUUGCGGUUGCUAACCCCACAGAUACAAACACAGAGUUUCCUGAACUGGUGAGCCUGUUAAGUGAAGCCAUUGCACUAUAUAAAAGUGAUUACACGCAUACUCUACAAGGUGAAUAUGGGUUUGAAACCGUGUCUGAGUACUGUAACCAGCUACAAGAGUUAUUUUCCCUGGAAAAGCCAGAUAUAUUUGCAUUUACGAGCUGGAAAAAGAUGCGUUUCACUCGUCCCAACUUUGGAUGGGGAGAGCCCUUUUGGGUUGGUGUCAUGGGAAAAGCUGGCCCUGAGUUCAGAAACCUCACAGUGUUCGUUGAUGCAACAGAUGGUGAAGGGAUAGAGGCAUGGAUCACCUUAGAUGAGCAAAGAAUGGCCAUACUGCAACGUGAUCCUGAGUUCUUAGCAUUUGCUUCUCCAAAUCCAAGGAUUUCUACCCUGUAACUUGUUCUUCAAAGAUUAAUUAAUUACUAUAUAUGUGAUUAUAUAGCAGGCUAGCUAGGUAUGCUUAUUUCUGGUAAUCACUUGAGAUAGUUAAUUUCCUUACUUAGCUCUCUAUGUUAUGAGUACAGAGCAAUAAUUAAUGUGGUUUCUAAGUUAGCAUGUAUGCUUAUUGAGUAAGCUAGUUAAUUUUACCGUUGAAAGUUGUAAUUUCACAGCUCCUUCGCUCUAUUAUUAUGGAUGCUAAUUAAUAAGCAGCAGUUAUUAGAACUUGUAUAUUUCCAUUA